AUGACCUGGAUCGUCCAAAAGUUCGGAGGAACAUCGGUCGGCAAGUUCCCCAAAAACAUCUGCAACGACAUUGUGCAGCAGUACUCGCAGUCUUACGACGUGGCUGUGGUCUGCUCAGCCCGAUCUACCGGAACCAAGGCCGAGGGAACCACCACCCGUCUUAUUGCUGCUGCUGACUCUGCUCUUCUCGGAUCAGACGCCUACAACCCCAUCAUUGAGUCUAUCCGAGAAGACCAUCUUGCAGCUGCUAAGCGUGACGUCAAGAACCCCGAACUGCUCGAAAACCUCAAUGCCGACAUCAACGGCGAGUGCGACCAGCUGUUGCGAAUCCUGGCUGCUGCUGAAAUCAUUUCUGAGAUCUCCCCCCGAACACUCGACUCCAUCAUGGCCAUUGGGGAGAAGCUCAGUUGCAUGUACAUGACUGCAGUUAUGCGGGACGCUGGUGUUAACGCACGGUACUUUGACCUGUCUCACGCAGUUACCACCACCAAUGCCGAAGAUCCCAAGUUCUAUUCGGACCUCGGACGUGUUCUGGGCGAGAUCAUCACUCUUCCCGGCUCUCCUAACACGGACUCUGCUCCUGUCAAGGGAAACAUGGUGCCCGUGUUGACCGGUUUCUUUGGCCCCGUCAAGGGAGGCCUCCUAAGCCAGAUCGGACGAGGAUACACCGAUCUGUGUGCUGCUCUGGUGGCUGUGGGUCUGGACGCCAAGGAGCUUCAGAUCUGGAAAGAAGUCGAUGGUGUCUUCACUGCCGAUCCCAGAAAGGUGUCCACUGCCCGUCUGCUGCCCAUCAUUACCCCCGAGGAGGCCGCUGAGUUGACCUACUACGGAUCUGAAGUCAUCCACCCCUUCACCAUGGAGCAGGUCAUUAAGGCCCAUAUUCCUAUCCGAAUCAAAAACGUGGAAAACCCCCUGGGAGGAGGAACUAUCAUCUACCCAUCUGCUGACGGCUCGGGCAACCUGAAAACGAAAAACAAUGUCCAGGAUCUGGCUUCUUCCACCGACUCGCUAACUUCUCUGUCCUCUGGCUCAUUCACUCCCCAGGUGUCUGCUCCUGUAGAUGACGAGAAGAAGCCUACAGCUGUCACUACCAAAUCGAAUAUCACCGUUCUCAACGUUCAUUCGAAUAAGCGAACCAAGAGUCAUGGCUUCUUGAACAAGAUCUUUGCUACUCUCGACCAGCAGAAACUUGUCGUCGAUCUCAUCUCCACUUCUGAGGUCCAUGUGUCGAUGGCCUUCCAUGCUCCCGACUCCAACCUCAAGCAGGCUGUGGAGGAGCUGCGAAAGUACGGCACAGUAGAUGUGAAGCGAGGCAUGACCAUUGUGUCGCUGAUCGGAACGAGAAUGAAGGCCAUGGUCGGAUGUGCAGGCAUGUUCUUCUCUACUCUGGCCCAGGCAGGUAUUAACAUUGAGAUGAUUUCUCAGGGAGCCAACGAAAUUAACAUCUCGUGUGUUAUUGAGGAAAAAGACGCGCUGAAGGCGUUGAACGUCAUCCACCAGGGCUUGUUGUGUCCUAGACGGAAAAUCUAG